GUUGACCUUUUCUUCGAAAUGGUGCUGUUUGGGAAGAUGGGCUGGCUCCCUGCAGCUCUGUUCUCUCUCUUCUUAAUCUUUUCUUCUCAUUUCUCUCCCUCCAUUGUAGGUGACACCCUAAUCCCAGCUCGAUCGCUCACCGAUGGCCAAGAGUUGAUCUCAGUUGGAAAAAAAUUUGUUUUAGGUUUUUUCAGCCCCAUCAAAACUAAUAAUCGUUACGUCGGCAUAUGGUACAAGAUCUCGCCUUCUACCAUCGUGUGGGUUGCCAAUCGCCGACAACCAAUCUCCGAGCGCAAUGGCAGCCUAUCGAUCACCGCCAAUGGGACUCUCAUCAUCACCGACCAUAAUUCUAAAACCAUCUGGUCCUCGGGCUCGUUGGGCCUCGCCAAUCCAGUUGCGCAACUCUUAGACGACGGCAAUUUCAUCGUUAAAGAAGCUAAUGUUUCCGGGAGCUUUGCAUGGCAGAGCUUCGACUACCCUUCCGACACUCUGCUCCCCGGGAUGAAAUUGGGGUGGAACCUAACGAGUGGCCUCAAUCGAAACCUCACAUCAUGGAUCAGUCCUACCGACCCAGCGCCAGGCCCCUACACCAUGGCUGUGGAUCUCCAUGGCGACCCCCAGUUGAUUUUGUGGGAAGGCUCAGACUGGCUGUGGCGAGGCGGGCCAUGGAACGGGAAAAUCUUUAGUGGCGUCCCGGAUAUAUUGCGCUAUAAUAUCUUCAUACUGGCCUUUGUCAUGAAGAAUGACGAGGUCUUCUACAUGUACAACACCACCAGCACGUCGUUCAUCGUAAGGGUUACCGUGAACUACACUGGUGUUGUCCAACGCCUUGUCUGGAUUGAUGACAGCCAAAUGUGGAGCAUCUACAUGUCUGAGCCAAAAGACCAAUGCGAGCAUAUGACACAGUGUGGGGCUUACGGGAUCUGUAAUAUGGACGACUCACCAAUGUGUAGUUGCUUGCAGGGGUUUAAGCCUAGGUCGCCAACAAAUUGGAACCUUAGAGAUGGAAAAGAUGGGUGUGCUAGGAUGACGGAGCUGGACUGUCGGAGCGGGACUGAUGGGUUUGUGACGAUAAAGGAGGUAAAGCUGCCGGACACAUCCAGGUCGACGAUGGACAGGAGCAUGGGACUGGAUGAGUGUAGGGCUACUUGCUUGAGAAAUUGUUCAUGCACGGCCUAUGCUAGUGCUGAUGUGAAUGGGACCGGCUGCAUAAUUUGGACAACGGAGCUCACUGAUAUUAGAGUGUAUUCCUUUGGUGGACAGGAUCUCUAUGUCCGACUAGCAGCAGCUGAUCUAGGUCCAGGAUCAGAUCACUCACAUUCACGUACCAUAGCUGGGAUUGUGGUGGGCUUUGUUGUGGGGAUUCUACUGUUUGUUUCGGUGGGUAUUUGCACUUGGAUAAAGAGGAGAAGAGCAGGUGCCAUUCCCUUCGCUGGUCACCGCAACAACAAAUGCAAGGAACGCAAGGACUGGGAGCUUCCUUUAUUUGAUUUGGGGACAAUCAUUGCAGCGACCAACAAUUUCUCAAUCAAAAACAAGCUUGGAGAAGGUGGCUUCGGCCCCGUGUACCAGGGAAAGCUUGGGGAGGAACAAGAAAUAGCCGUGAAGAGGCUUUCAAAGACUUCAGCGCAGGGCAUUGAUGAAUUCAUGAAUGAAGUGAUGCUGAUUGCCAAGCUUCAGCAUCGAAAUCUAGUUCGGCUUCUAGGUUGCUGCACUCAGGGAGAGGAAAGGAUGCUGGUAUAUGAAUACAUGCCUAAUAAAAGCUUGGACACCUUCCUAUUUGAUAAAGAUAAAGCUGCAUUAUUGGAUUGGCAAACCCGCUACAACAUUAUUGAAGGAAUUGCUCAGGGUCUUCUCUAUCUACACCGAGACUCUAGACUUAGAAUUAUUCAUAGGGAUCUCAAAGCUAGCAACAUUCUUCUUGAUGAAGAUAUGAAUCCUAAAAUAUCAGACUUUGGCUUGGCAAGAAUAUUUAGAGGGGACGAGACGACACUAAAUACUCAAAGAGUUGUGGGGACAUAUGGAUACAUGUCUCCUGAGUAUGCCAUGGAUGGUGUCUUCUCAGUGAAAUCUGAUGUUUUUAGCUUUGGUGUCUUAGUACUUGAAAUCAUUAGUGGCAAGAAGAAUAGAGGGGUUUCCAUAUCCGAGCAUGAAGGAAACCUUCUAGCACAUGCAUGGAGUUUAUUGAUGGAAGGUAAUGGCUUGAAACUAGUAGAUGGAUCAAUCAGUAAUUCAAUUUCCAUGGUGGUAGUCUUGAACUGUUUAAAGGUUGGCUUAUUGUGCGUUCAAGAACAUCCAAAAGACAGACCGACAAUGUCCUCUGUGGUACUGAUGUUGGGCAGCAAAAAUGCAUCCUUGCCAGAUCCAAAACAUCCUGGCUUUUUUCCAACAAGAGCAUCCUCUGAAGUCGAGUCAUCAAAAAGCAAGAAAGAAUUGGAUAGUAUAAAUAAAUUAUCAGUUACAAUAGUAGAAGGUCGUUGA